AUGAAGAAAAAGAAAGUUAUCAAAUUAAAAGAGAGCUAUGCUCCUAAAAGCAGUUACUUUACGAAAGACGCCUUACUUACCAACAUUUUUCAACAACACAGUGAGAAUUUCGUUUUAGAUGUCGAAUGUAAAAAUUCUCAGCUUAUAGUAAAUUGUAUUAACAAAUUACAUAAGAAAAAUCUUCAAACAAAACUAAAAGCUAUAAAUGAAUUAAUGUCAUAUUUAAGUAAAUAUGACGAAGCAACAAUAGGCUAUUUUUUUGCAUCUUUUUUAAGUGUUUACAAAAAAUUAAUAUAUCAUCCAAAUUAUAAUUUGAGAGAAAGUUUGAAUAGGAGCUUGAAAAUUUUCAUAGAGAAAAUAAAGACCAAGAUAAAAAAACACAUAAAUGUAUUUUUACCUCCUUUGUUUUUAUCUUUUUUCGAUUAUAGUAAAAAUGUUAAGCAAGUUUCGAACGAUAUCCUUUCGCUGUUGUUUCCUUUGAAAGAAGACUUAGACAGAGGAGAAGAAAAAUCAAGUGAAGAGAAAAAAAAAGAAAAAGGAAAUGCUGGCAAGAUAAAACUAUACAAUGAUAAUAAAUUAUAUUUGAAUGUAAAAAAAUUGAAUAUAAACAUAACAAAUUUUUAUAAUUGUUUAAUAUAUAUAAAAAAUGAUUUAGAUGAAGAAGCUUUAAGUUAUAUAAAAAACAGAGAAAAUUCUGAUGAUUAUCAUAAAAGCGUUUAUUUAUUUAAUGUAUUAUGUUUUUAUCCUUCUUUAUUAUAUAUAAUUAUAAAGUUUUGUAAGAUGAAUAUUUUAGAAGAAUGUAAAACUGAUUUGAAUAAAAUGGAAGAUAAGCUUAUUAAUAAUAAUAUAGAUGGUUCUAUAGAAUAUCAUGAUUAUUAUAAUAAUAAAGAUAAAUGUAAUUUGAAGAAUGAUAUAUAUCUCUCCAAGGUAAGAGAUAUUUUUAAAAUACAAUAUAAUAAUUUUUCAAACACUUAUAAUUCUUUCUUCCUAAAUUUAAAUAUUAUUUAUAAAGAAAAUAAAGAUGAUGUAAGGUUACAAAAAAUGUUAUAUUUAUGUGUUUAUAAUAUUAUAUAUUUAUUAAAAAAAAUAAAAAUAAAUUUUAUGAGUUUAAAUAAUGAGAAUGUUAACGAAUCAUUAUGUAAUUAUAUUUGUUCAAUUAUAAAUAAUAAAGAAGAAUAUAUAUAUAAGACUAUUAAUCAUUUAUUAUUACUUUUAUUUUUUAUGGAUAAUAGGAAAAUAAUAAAAGAACAUUUUUUAAAGAGUUAUUUGUCUUUAGUAAAACAAAACAAAAUAUAUUCAAAUGAUGUUUUUAAUUAUAAUAUAUGUUUGUUCAUAUUUUUAUUCAAAAAAGAGGAUUUAGAAGAAUAUUUUUUUUUCUUUUUUUUCCUUUUUUAUUUUUUAUUAUUAAAUAAUAAUAAAUCAUGUAUUGUUAUUUAUUAUGAUAUUUUAUUACAUUUAUAUGAUUAUUUUUCAUUUAUAAAUAUACAGCAAAUACAAAAAGAUGAGAACGAAGCAACUAACACCAUAAUUAGUAAUAAUGAUGGAAAUCAAGAAUCAAUAAUGAUGCAUGAUAUAAAAGAGACACAAACCAAUGUCGACGAUAUAAAUAUUAAAAACAUGGAGGGAAAAAAUAUAAACCUAUUGGAGAGUAUAAAAGAAAAGGAUAACAUAAAUAAUAAUAAAUUUUAUAUGGAUGAAAAAUAUUGUUCCUACGUUUUAUGUGUACAUAUAUUAUUAUUACCCUUAGAAAUGAUAUUAAUACAAAAGAACUUAUUAUUAGAUUGUAAUUAUUGUUAUAAAAAUAAAUAUCUUUAUGAAAACUUGAUAAAUAGAUAUUAUUGUAAUAAGAAAAAAAUAAAUCCUAAAAAGGAUGCAAAGGAGAAAAACAAAUUUGAUGAUUUAAGAAAAAAAAUAAAGGAUACAAACAUAGAUGAAAAACAUUUCUUGUUAACAUUUAUAAAUUUUAUAAAUUCAUCAAAAAAUAAAAAUGAUAUAAUAUUUAGUUCUCUUGAUUUAAUAAAUGUAUAUGUAAAUAAUAUGUAUGAUGAAUUAAAUAAAAGAAAUCAAAAUGAUAUUCUAAAAAAUCAUAUAUGUAAUGAUGAUAAGAAUGAUAAAAUAUUAAAAGAUGAAAAUAAUAAAAAUAAUUAUAAUGAGUCAUAUAACAUUACUAAUAAGAAGAAUAUGUGUCCAUCGGAAUAUGUAGAAUAUUAUGAAGUAUUACAUUUUUUAUUUCAAUUAUUUUCAGAGAUUAAAAAUGUUCUCUUUAGUACAGAUCUACCUUGUCAUCAAAACGUUAUAAUAAUAACAAGAAAUAAAUAUAUAUCCACAUUAAAAAUUAUUUUUAUAAAUACGUUUAUGUUAAUAAAAAAUAAUCACCAUAAAUUAAUAAACAUAGUUAAAAAUAAUAUGUUAUUAUUCAAAUUUUUUUUUUCCCACAUGAAAGAGGAACCAUCACCAUCAUCAUCAUUAAUAUUAUCACCAUUGUCAUCUUCCUUUUCUUUGAAUAUAAUAUUUGAUAUUAUUAACAAAAUAUUGAGUGAUAAUAAUAUAAAUAAAGAUAUAUAUUUUGAUUCUCUGAAUGUUGGAUUAAAUGUACUUUAUAUGUUUUUUGUUAUGUAUAAUCAGUCAACAUAUUAUGUUGAGCUAGCCAAAAUGUUUUUUUCGAUUGUCCUUUGUGAACCCUUAGACGAAGACAAAGCUGAAGAGAAAUUCAAGGUCUGCAUAGAUGUACUUCAAUUUAUGAGGAGAGAAAAUAUAAAGUUCCUAGAUCUGUCAUAUGAGAUUUUAAGAAUUUAUUAUCAUUAUAUAAUGAAUAAAUGUAAGGAUGAAGAUUUAUUAAAAACGUUUUACGAAUUAAUAUAUGAAGAUGAGAAAACAGAUAGAAAUAAAUAUAUAUUUGACAGACAAUUUUAUAUUGAUUUAUUUUAUGUUCAUAAAAAAAAAAUGUAUUUAACUCAAUCGUUGCCUGACAUAACAUUUUGUAGUUUCUUUUGUAAAUUGGUUUUAGAAAAUUUGUUAACAUAUGAUUGUAGGGAUGAUACUACAAAUAAGAACGAUUUGUAUGUAUACUUUUUACUUUUAACAUUGUUAAGAGUAGAUUUUAAUUAUGACGAAAAGUUGGUUCAAUUAUUUAUGACGCUAGACAAAAAAAUGUUAUUAAGAUAUAUGGAGGUGUUACGUUCAAUAUAUAAAAAUUGUAAGGAUGAUGAGAGUGCAACGUAUGGCAAUGGGAGAAAAGAAAAAAAUAUAUUACAUGGUAUUAUGGACGACCCGUGUGGUAAUUAUCUUUAUGGUAAUGACUUUUAUAGUGAUAAUACUUGUGAUGAUAAUACGUGUGAUGAUAAUACGUGUGAUGAUAAUACGUGUGAUGAUAAUACGUGUGAUGAUAAUACGUGUGAUGAUAAUACAUAUGAUAAUAAUACAUAUGAUAAUAAUCCUUGUGAUGAUAAUACAUAUGAUAAUAAUUCUUGUGAUGAUAACACCUAUAAUGGUGAUAAUCGACUAAGAACUAAAGAAGAAGGUGGUUAUUUAUUCUUACUUGAAAUAUAUAAAUCAUGCAUUUAUUGUGGCAUAAAUUAUGAAAUGGAUAAUAUUGAAAAGAAGAAUUUAAAGAGAGAAGACAAUAUAUAUAAUAUUAAAAAUGAUUGUGAUAAUUAUAAUGAUAAGUGUUACGAUCCUUGUGAUAAUGUUGAAGAAGAGGAGAAGAAUUUUUGUGUAGCAUCUAAUAAUAAGGAUGAGAACAUGAACAAUAUGAAUAAUAUAUUAAAUAGGAAAGAGGAGAAAAAAAUAGAACAAUAUGUUUUUAUAAAAAGAAAAAAUAUAUUAAGUUCAAGUUUUAUUAACAGAUUAUUAUUUUUAUAUAAAGUAUAUCAUAAUAUAUAUAAAGGACUACAUUUUACACAUGUCAUACAUUGUACAUAUUAUUUUUGUUUAGAUGAGGAUGAACCUAAUGAUAUUAAAAUAACAGAAGAAUUAUGGUCACCUUCAGAAAAUUAUAUAAAAUUAGAAGAUUCGUUUUUUGAUUAUAUAUAUGCAAAUAUGAAAUGUAAAAAAUUAUAUAAAUUUCUUAAAAAUGUAUAUAUAAAAGAAAAAGAUAUGAUAGAAAAAGUUAUAGAAGAAAAAGAUAUAAACCAAAUGAAUAAUUAUAAAAAAUAUGACAAUUUAAAUUUAUAUUUUAUUAUUUAUAAAUAUAUUAAAAAAACCAGAAUGUUAACUUGUGUACGAAAAAAACUUAUAUGCGAUAUAAUGAAGAGAACAAAUAAAAAUAAUAUUACUUUUGUUAAUAUUAUAUAUGUUAUGAAAAAUAUACAAGAUAAUAAAAUUUUUAAAAUAUGUAAGGCUCUAUUAAAAUACAUGUAUGAUAAGAAUUAUAUAUCUUUAGAUGAGAUAUUAUGUUAUUUAAAAGAUAUAAAAGUGAAAAAUAAUGUAUAUUUAAAAUUGAAGAUUUUUUUAUAUAAAGAAUUUAUAAUAAAAAAGGUACUUAUGUUAAAAAAUCUACAGUGUGUAGAAAAAAAAAAUUUUAUGCAAAAUGAAGAUAUAGAAAUUAAUACAAAUGAAAUAUACAACAUGGAUAAUGAAGAUAAUGAUGAUAGGGAUGAUAGUGAUGAUAGGGAUGAUGGUGAAGAUAAUAAAGACAAUAUGGAGAAUAUAAAAAAUAAUAAUGAUGAUGAAAAGAUAAACGAAACAGCCAACCUAUUGUUAUAUAAUAAUAAUAAUAAUUCUUGUGGUUAUAUAAAAAUAUUAGAAAUGAUUAAAAAGUACGUUCCCGAUUAUUUACAUUUUUAUAUUGAUAAUAAUUUUAAAUUAAAUAUAAAAAAUGAAAUACAAUAUUUAAAUUUAUUUUAUCAUUUCAUAUAUAUAAGUAAAUAUACACCGUUUAAUUUAUAUAUUUAUAAAAGUGUACAAAAAGCUUUAUGUGAAUCUUUAGAAAUUAUAUCCUUAUCAAAUUAUGAUAUUAUAUUUUAUUCUCUAGAAUUUAUUUUACGUAGUCCUAAUUAUAUGUGCUUUUUUAUUGAAAAUAAUAUGGUUACAGGAAAUAAAGAAAAUAUCUUUUUAAAUUAUUCUUUUUAUAUAAAGACAUAUUAUAAAAAGAUAUAUGAUAAAUAUAUUAGUGUAUAUAAAAAUAAAAGAAUCGUAUUAAAUACUAUUCUGUCUAAUACGUAUAACGUACAAAAGAAUUGUAUCGAACAUAAUAAUAAUAAUAAUAAUAUUAAAGAGAAUAUAAUUAAAAUGUCACAUAAAAAUCAUAAAAGAAAUAAAAUAAAAAAUAAACAAUUAUAUGAAUAUAAUAAAGGAUUUUACUUCUUAAGAUUUAUGUAUGAAUUACUAGAACAACAUAGGCAAGUAAUAUUAUUCCGUAAUAUUGUUGAAAGUAAAACACUUAUACAGACAUUAAUAAAAAUUAUAUAUUUGAUAUUAUCUAUAUAUAGUUGUAGAAAAAAGAACAAUUUGAUAAAUGAAAGGUAUAAGGAUAUAUGUAUAAAAAUAUUAGGACAUAUGUUGAAGCACGAAGAAAAAAAUAAAAACCAAGAUAAUAACAACAUAGAUGGUAGUAAAAAAAUAAAUGGUAGUAAAAAAAUAAAUGGUAGUGACAACAUAAAUGGUAGUAAAAAAAUAAAUGAUAGUGACAACAUAAAUGGUGGUAAAAAAAUAAAUGGUAGUGACAACAUAAAUGAUAGUAAAAAAACAAAUGGUAGUAACAAUAAUUAUAAUAAUAGUAGUAGUUGUUGUUUUCCCAUUAUUGUUGAUCAAGAUAAUAAUAUACAGACACAUUUGCAUUCCAUAUACAAAAUAUAUCUUCUAUCUUUAAAAUAUUGUGUUACCGAAUAUUUUGAAUAUUUUGAAUAUUUUGAAGGUAUGAACAUUUUUUUUAACAAUGUCAAGAACAUACAUUUUAAUAGUAUAAAAAAACAUGAAGAAAAAAAAAUUCUUGAUAUAUAUAUAAAUACCUAUUAUUUAUAUAUCUUAUUUUCUAAUAUGACAAAAUUUAAAGAAAAUAAAAUAUUUAUAGACAAAACCUUUUCGUUACUUUUCUUAAAUUGCUUAUUUAUAAAACGGUUGCAUGAUUUAAAAAAUGAAGGUAAUCAUAUUUUUCAAGAAAUAAAUAAAUAUUUAUGUAUAAAUAAUGACACCCACAAUGAAUUCUUAUAUUUGAUUAUUGAGGAGAAUAUGAACAAGGGUGAACAUAAUAUGGAACAAAAAAAAAAAACCAAAAAAAUUGGUCAUAGGGAUGAUAAAAAAAAUGGUGAUCAUAAUGAUGAUGAAAAAAAUGAUCAUAGGGAUGAUAAAAUAAAUGGUCAUAGGGAUGAUAAAAUAAAUGGUCAUAGGGAUGAUGAAAAAAAUGGUGAUCAUAAUGAUGAUAAAAAAAAUGGUCAAAGUGAUGUUAAAAAAAAUGAUCAUAGGGAUGAUAAAAAAAUUGAUCAUAGGGAUGAUAAAAAUGGUCCUAAUAAUUUCUUGGCGGAUAACCAAUUUCAUAUAAAUGAAGAGAAUAAUACAAUGUUCAACAUUGAGGGGAAGGAAAAUGAUUAUACACAUGAUAAGUUAAAUAAUAUAUACGUUGAAGAAGUUGAACUUAUGAGCGAUAGUAGUUUAAAUUUAACGGAUGAUGAUAUUGUAAGUACCUUUUUAUGUUUUGAGAAAUUAAAGAAAAAGAAAAGAAAGGAAAAUGGAAAGUAUGAAGUUAAUAAUAUAUGUUUAGAUAAGAACAUAAAACAUGAAAAUAAUUGUAAUAAUAUAUACAAUAUUGAUAAUGAUAAUAUUAGCAACAAAUGUGAGAAUAGAAAAUUUAAUAAUAAUGUACAAAAAAAGAAAAAUAUAUCUUUAUACUUUUUAAAAAAAAGUUUAAAAAAUCCAUUUUUAUUAAUAGAUGUAAAUAAGAACAUUUUAGAUUUAUAUUCUUUUCUUUUAGAAAUGAAUUAUUUAAAAAUCCUAUUGUCCAUGUUAAACAUAUGUUUAUCAUCUGAAUAUUUUAUAUAUGAUUCAGAUACAUAUCAACAAUUUUUAUUAUUUAUAGAAAGUAAUAAUUUUAAUAUAUUUCAUUUUUUCAAAGAUAUAAAAGAUAUUGAUUGUUUAAUUAAAAAAAAUGAUUCUUUAAAAAAGGAGAAAAAAACAAAAGUAUAUAUUUUUUUCUUUUCUUUAUAUUUAACAUUAUUACUUAUAACAACAUAUCCAAAUGAAUCUAUAAUAAUAAUAAAUCAAAAUAAAUUAUAUAAUAUAAUUACAUUUAAUCAAAUCAUCUUUUCGAAUUUAAUAAUAAAAUACCAAUUGAACCAACUAAAAAUUAUAUCAACUCAAUAUGUUAACACAACAUAUUCGUAUGAUCCUUUAUCCAAAAUAUUAUCUUUUAAAUAUAAAAUAAAGGAAGAUGAAAAUGAACAAUUUGAAGACAUGACGGCAAAACUGACUUUGACUUUUCUUCCGAAUUAUCCAUUUUCUCAUUUUAUUAUAAGUGAUAAAAUAGAAUCGUUGGAUAAGAAGGCGUAUAUUCAUAAUUCUAUUAAGAGUAUGUACAAAUAUGCAAGAAAUGGAGAUAUAAAUGAAAUAUUUAUUAAAUUCGAUAACAUCAUGAAUAAUUAUUUUGAAAAUAAGGCACAGUGUAAUAUUUGUUUUAUGCUCUUAUAUGACAAAAAGACAUGUGACAAAAAUUGUUUGAAAUGUAAAGCAUCUUACCAUAGUCACUGCCUUCAUAAGUGGUUUUUAACGUCCCAUAAUACCAAAUGUCCAUCAUGUCAAAUGCAAUUUUGUUGA